CGGAUGGCGAUCGUACGGACAGGAUACCACGACGAACGGAACCUACGCCGGCUGCGAACGCGAAUCUGAAUACAACGAGGUAGAUCCUCCUCCGUAAAGCGAAAGCAAAAACCAACCAAACAAGCUAGCUAGAGCUAGCCAAGCCGCGGCGUGCCUCCGCUCCGGCCGGCCCGCCCCUGUCAGAGCCCCCACCGCCGCUGCCACCUCCGCCAGCCGUCACCCCAGGCGUUGGAUCGGGGCCCUCUCGAUCCGCGCCCGGCGAAUCCAGACGGACCCGCAUUGGGGUUGGGGCCCCUUCGAUCCGGCGCUUGGUGGGGGUUUGGCUGGGAGCUCCAGGCUGAGGGGACGGGGCGGGGGGACCUGAUCCUUCAUUCCGUUCGGAUUUCGCUUUUCCCCCGUGGGGUCUCGACUGCCGGAGGGGGAGGAGGACAUGGAUUUGGCGUCGGUCAACGAGGAGCUGGCCGAGAUCGACGGGCAGAUCGGCGAUAUCCUCCGCGUAUUGCAAAAUGGGUUCCAGAAGCUGGAGAAGAUCAAGGAUGCCAACCGCCGCAGCAGGCAGCUUGAAGAGCUUACUGAUAAGAUGCGAGACUGCAAGAGACUCAUCAAAGACUUCGAGCGAGUUAGCAAAGCUGAGGCUGAGCAUACUGAUCCAGCAACAGCAAAAAUGUUGCAUGACAGAAAGCAGUCGAUGAUCAAAGAAUUAAACUCCUACGUUGCUCUAAAGAAACAGCAGGCAAGUGAAAACAAGAGAAUCGAUCUUUUUGAUGGGCCAAGUGCUGAAGAUGGCUUUGGUGAAGAAAAUGUCCUGUUAGCAUCAAAUAUGACAAACCAGCAGUUAAUGGAUCAAGGCAAUCAACUAAUGGAUGAAACUGAUCAAGCUAUUGCACGAUCUAAGCAGACUGUCCAAGAAACCGUCAAUGUGGGCACAGAAACUGCAGCUGCUCUGAAAGCACAGACAGAACAAAUGAGCAGAGUUGUUAAUGAGUUGGAUUCCAUCCAUUUCUCCAUCAAAAAGGCAUCUCAAUUGGUGAAAGAAAUCGGUCGACAGGUUGCAACUGAUCGAUGCAUCAUGGCCAUGCUUUUUCUCAUUGUUGCUGGAGUCAUAGCUAUAAUAAUUGUUAAGAUUGUGAACCCACACAACAAGGACAUUCGCGACAUCCCUGGCUUGGCACCACCCGUCAGCAGGCGGCUGUUGCGAUAGAGGACAGGUGAAUUGCAUACCUGGUGUAAAAAUUGAUGUGGCGCGGCGCCUUGGCAAGCCCAUCUGUAUUCUACGUCUUGUAAAACGCUGCUCCAGUCAUGUGGUAUAUUGCUGUAAAACUUCUCAUGGGAUCCACUCCUACUCCUUGGCUACACACAGUGCGUAUAUGUUCCUCCUAGUUCGCCUUCCUGUUUUUGCAAAACUAACUCUGAACGGUGUUCUGUUAGAAUCAUGUGCACACAUGAUGGUUGAGAUGUGUCUAUGAUGUUCAUUGUGACGAACGAUUCUUAAAAAUCUCAUCGGCUUUAGUUGAAUUGAACACAUGGUUGAGUUGAGUUG